AUGGAGUCGCCCGCGACCGACCCAGAUCGCGAAGGCGACUCGGCUGACCUCUUCACGGACUUCAAGAAGUACCAAGAGCAGGUCACCGCAUCGCUGGUGGCCAUCACGAGGAGCGCAAGUUCUUUGGCAAACCAGGACUUGAGCUUUCACCGAUCGUCGAGCGAACAGGUCUCGCGUUCUCUUGACCGGCAGAAUGCCCAUCUCCUGAGACUCACCAACAAGCUGCUCAAGUCUGUAACGCAAGAUACAAGUACCAAGCCUCCCCAGCCAAAGACGAAGGAUGACAUCGAAGACAGCUGGAGCGGCUUGGUCGACGUGUUCGAUGGUUUGCUCGAAAAGGCAGACGGGUCGCUAGACGAGUAUACAGGGGCCAUCAAACGUAUGAGCCCUGCUGUGGACCAUGCUCCUACGCCGUCCAAAGCCGUUGCCUAUGCGGAAAAUAGAGCCUUUCGCCCACGAUAUUCCCGCUACGAAAUGGACAAACCCCAGCUCCUUUUCAAUAGGAAGGUGAACAACCACGAGACUAGCCCGUUCAAGCCCUUGCUCAUCCAUAAGCCUCAUGCAAUCGUCUCGCUUGAGGAGUCUUUGGCGGACAACACCCAAGGGUACGCGCAUCCCUAUGCAAAGGAGAUCGAAGCCUACGAAUAUCCUCCAGAGGUCUACCAGCAAGCCGAGCCACAACCCUACUGGCCACCUGAACGAGAGCCCGCUGUAUACGUCGAUACCGAAAAGGGCGUUCAUCUUAUGCUACAAGAGCUCAGAGCUGCAAAAGAGAUUGCCGUCGAUCUCGAACACCACGACUUGCAUACGUAUACUGGUGUUGUCUGCCUCAUGCAGAUCAGCACGCGCGAAAAAGACUGGAUUGUUGACACGCUCAAGCCAUGGCGGGAGAACUUGCAGGUGUUGAACGAGGUCUUCGCCGAUCCCAACAUCCUAAAGGUUUUCCACGGCUCGGCAAGCGACAUGGUGUGGCUUCAGCGUGAUCUUGGUCUUUAUGUCGUUGGAUUCGAGGCUCAGAAGCAGUAUCAACUGUCUGACUGGCGGCAGCGUCCACUCGGCCCGGAGCUAAUCGACUAUGCGAGAUCUGAUACGCAUUACCUGCUCUACAUCUACGAUGAAGUUCGCAACCUACUGGUCGAGAAUUCGACAGAGAACGACAACUUGGUUAACAAAGUUCUCGCUGGGUCGAAGAAGGAGGCUUUGCAGAAGUAUGAGCGCUUCAAUUACGAUUUUGAGUCAGGGCGCGGCUCAGGCGGCUGGUUCGGCAUGUAUGUGGACAGAAACAUCAGCUUCAGUCCGCAGCAAUUUGCUGUCUACAAAGCUCUGCAUCGCUGGCGGGAUGACAAAGCGCGCGAGCUAGACGAGAGUCCUCACUACCUCAUGAAGCCCACUGACCUACUCGCAAUUGCUGAAGCGAUGCCCAAGAACAUGACUGCCUUGUACAAGUGCAGUCGUCCGCAGCUCAAGUUUGCGCAGACAGAGUUCGCGCCAGAGAUCUUCCCUGUCGUUGCAAAGGCCAUGGACGACAGCAAAGCAGACCCACCGGUUCACGAGCAAAUACGUCAGAACGAACUCAAGUAUGGCGAGCGUCCACAGAACCGUUGGCGGAAGCCACAGGUUCCAGCGGAACGUCGACCUCCUACCUAUGAUGGGCUGGCUGCAACUCUCAAGCAGAUUCAGGCGAAUGGCGACCUAGAUCCGGCACCCGCCACAGAUGUCCAGAUGGCAGGCAACAACACCAAUAUGCAAACGGUGCUCAGAAGUCAGCAGUCAGAUCUGUGGGGCUCGGUCAUGCCCUUCCUGGGGUUGCCGCUCAUGAAUCCUAUGAUGAACGCCAUGGCUCUGAACUAUCUGCUGCCUUUGCCCGAUUUAUCCGCCAACGCUUUCUUGAUCGAACAACCAGCUGCUGUUCCAGCCCAGAACAACCAAGUUCCGAUCCCGGUCACGACAAGCCUCCCGAGCACGCCUAACAACAAUAGCUUCACACUUCACGAUCGAUCGACGCGCAAGCGCAAGGCCACGGACGUCCUCGACGACGACAACGAGUCUGCCGACCCUUUUGCCAAUCAAUCACUUAACGGCUUUACUGACACAGAAGCGAUGGUCUACGCGAAACCCGGCCAAGGAUCCGCAGCUAUGAGCGCUGAGCGGGCCUCGACUAAAAGUGAGCGCAAGGCAGAGAAGCGAGCUCGUCGUGCGGCCGACGACGAAGAGAAAGAUCGGAAAGCGGGCGAAAUGGUCCCCUUCGACUAUGAUGCCGCCGAACCGAUGCUGAAUGGCUCACCUACGGCCUCGAAUGGCGUAGGCCAAGCCAGCAAGGGUAAGAAACCCCACAUGAAUCCCUUUGCUAAAGCGCUCGAUACCGGCACGGGUGCGAGACGCAACAAACUAGGUCAAGAGGGAGCUGGCAAGAGCAUGACUUUCAGGUCCUGA